ACUCUGCUUGGGCCAGUUUACUCCAAACGUCGGCAGGUAAUGUACGUGCGAGCCGUACGUGCGAUAACUGUGGAUGAUAAACCCAUCAGGGAGUUGCGAUAAGCAGUCAGUGUUCUCCAUGGAGCGUCAGGGACCCUCGAGAAAUGCAGUUGGCGACUGGCAGUGGUCAGCAGCUCACAAGGACCCCGUUCCCCUGCAAGAAUUGAGCCAAGACUUCAUCAGUAACACCAUUCAGGGCAUAACUAAAGAAAAUUUCCUCGAACAUAAGGCAAAGCUAAAGCAAAUGGGGAGUCUUCUCAGGGUGUCCCUACCACUGCGAGUGAGGACAGCUCUUUUGAGGAAGGUCGCAUCAAAGCAGCUAGUUAUCACUUCUCACCAAUUAUCCUCAUUCAUUCUGUUAUAUCUUGCGGCAGAUGUUAGGCAUAUAUCUCUAAGUGCUUUUAAAAGUGACAAAAGGUACAUACACCUAGAGGAGGAAGAAAGUGAUAUCUUGCGUAACGAACUUGGAGGGAAUUUCCAGUUCAGCAUGGAAGUACUGGAGCUAGAUGGCGUGUCAUUAGAGGAAUCCCUAUUCGUUGAACUUUUGCAAAGAUCUCCUCACCUACAUUCUGUACGUGUUUCAGGAGCGAACUGCCUGCACAUACUCCAGUACUUAAAAAUUCAUCCCAUUCCAUUACGUUCACUCUUCCUCGACAACUGUACUGUUACAGACGAAGACGUUGUCAAAGGAAUUCUUGGCUAUGAUACAGAUCUCGAGGACGACCUCACCUGUCCUGAACGCGAUACUGGUCACUCAAAAAAUAUCAAAUAUCCUUCCGAUUCAUUAGUUUCACUGACUGUCCUUUCACCAUUCCUUACGGUGUUUGGAGCUAUGGCUUUACUUCACCAUCUUAAAAACUUAGGCCAUUUACAGUACAACUCUUGGAACACAUCUGCUGGUGACUCUCUUCCUUUACUACAGCAAUUUAUUCCAGUUAACUCAACAUUUUCGCUGAACUCCAUGAGUUUGUUUCGACCAAAAGAGGAAGAUAUCACCAGCCUCAGAGAGAUGUGUCCAGGCUUGAGUAAAUUAAUGAUUGAGUGUUAUGACCCAGUGCUAAAGUCCCUUGAGCUUCUUUCACAGUUUGAAAAUCUCUCAGUUCUUCACAUGAGACUUAUCACAGAGGAACUCAUUCUUUCAUCAGUAAGUGCACUAGGACACAGACUUUUAGAGCUUCAUAUUGAAUUCGACGAAUUUACUUACCAACCAUUGGCAUCAGAUACCUUACAUGGCAUAACAAAAAGUUGUCCAAACUUGCAAAAGUUCUUAAUGAGGAAUUUCAGUAUUGAGGUUAGCGGUCGCAAAUGUCUCCCAUCCUCAUCUUCAAUAAGAUUUCCAGCACUGAUGCACCUAACAUUUUCUCAUGCAAGAUUACAUCCUCAAAUUUUAGAACAAUUGCUUAAAGGUAAUAAUGUCUUACAAAGUCUAACUCUGUCUGUCAAUCAGGAUGCAUUAACAGACCAGGUCUUGGAAUCCUUAUGCAAAAAUAAUGAUUUCAGAAGUUUAACUUCUGUCUCAUUUGGGGCUGGCAUGCUCUCUUCUGCAGCCAUUACAUUGCUCGUGUCCCUCCCAGCACUAAGAAGUCUCUCCAUUGUCUUAGCGAACUUUCCAAACAUAUCUGAUGCGACAUUCAGUCGCCUUAAGAAGGUCUUUAUCAAGAGAAAUUAUCUUUGUAUGCUUAAAAAUGUAGCAGAGAUCGAUCUAUGAGACAGGCUUUGUACUUUUCUAGAAUACCAGUAUCAUAAUUUUGCACCCACGCAAAAAGUUCUGCUACUUAUGUCAAGGACAAUUUCUUAUUUAUUUGUGAAAUAGCACCCGUGCACAAAAUAUUUGACUUUGUCUGCUUUUAUAAAAAGUGUGUUCCUCAUAAAACCAAACUGAUAUUCAACCACAUUUCUUGACCUGGGAUAUAUCUACUUCUCGGGAAAUCAUGUUCAUAAUCUGAGGAAAGUCCAAAGCACAUAAUAAUAUUUGUUGAUAUGGAUUUAUUUAUUUUGACGCUGGAAAAGAUACUAGUAUGAUAAUGAAAAUUUACGAUAAUGACUAUUUACACUUCACCAGUCUCAGUUUUAAUAUUAUUUAUAACAAUAAAUGUACAAACGCCAUAAAUAUUUAGAAUAUAUGUACACAUCACAUAAACACACAAGUGAAAUUGAUUUAUCCUUUCUUCAGUUGGUAAGUGAAGACUCGCAUAGUGCUUCAACGUUUAACUACUAAUAAACAUUUAAUCUUAUUAUAGAAAGUUUUUUUUAUCAACAUUUCUAAAAUAUUGUCAGGCUGUGGAUUUGUACUCUUAGUUCCUUUUUCUUUUGAGAUACGAUAUCUAAAAUCACCUCCUUUCUUUUUCUCAACACCCCAGGAGCACUUCAAAACGUUAUGAUACGUCUUUCUCUAAUAUAGGAGUAAGAACUUUUAGGUGUCACUCUAUUUUUACCCAUUCAUCAGACUUUAUAUAUUUUUAAUGGAAUAAAACUUUACUGAAAUGUUUAUUCUGGGAUGUGCCACAACGACUUAAUAAGUGAAGCAAAUUAACAGGGGGGUUUUAGUAAUCAAACACAGGCAAGAAGGACUUUAGGGAAAGCCAGUGAAAGGUUGAAAGAAAGAGCUAGGAUAUUCUGGUGUGAGAGAGAAAAGAAGGUUAGACUCACUAUUAGCUUUAGCUUUUAUUGCCCAAAUAGAUGCUAAAAGUCAAAACAGUAGCUACUGACCAAGCUUCAUCGUCUGAAAAGGAAAUGGAGUAUUUUGAGUUGUUAGAAGCAGGAGUUUAAUGACUAGCUUGUUGAAAGAAGGCCUUUGUUGGUUAUUUGUGAUGACAAGCAUCACCAAAAUCAAUAUGGUUUUAUGUUGUUAUACAAAUGGUGCCUUGGAACUAGAGACUCAACCAACAUGAAUUUUACCAUAGCAUGACGUUUACAGAUUGUUACUUCUUGUAUCUGUAAUUAACCAUCUAGAAUUCUGAUGAUGUAAAAAUGCAUCGUCAAUCACCAAAUCUUGAGAGUUCCUUUGGCUUCUGCAAGGUCAGGAUUCCUGAGUUCCCAGAUAACCCUUGGAAGAGACAGGUUCAUUAGAGUCAUAAGGCAAUGAUACACACAUGUCCUGCAAUCAAGUGAUUUAUUCUAUGGAUUAAUCUUGCUUCCGAUGCAGUGAGGAGGACGGAAUGUAGUUAAUGGUAGGCAGCUCAUGUGUAGGACCAAGAACGAAUGCCACACGUUAAGCAUACUAGUGGAGGCUGCUCUGUGAUUGGUUGGUGAUUAAACUUGGUUUGACAUUUUUUCUCUGCAGGGGUCAUUUUCUUGCUGUAAAGUCGAGUGGUGAGUUGUUCCUGUGAUUGAUUCCUCAUUAACGGCCCCUAUUACAAUGAAUGAGCUUGGAUUCAGGGUCUGGGAACACCACAAUGGUAGUAUUUGUCAGUGUGUCUUUAUUUUUGCUGUAAAGGUAUUCAUUGGACAGGUCUAAUUGAGAAUGUUGGUAUUUACGCUGAGGGCAUAGUUAAGUGGGACCAUAGUAUGUCUGAUGUUGAGUAGAUGGUAAUAAUUUACCAUCCUCAUAAAUUCUUGUAGUCUUGUUAUUAUUGUUGGGGUUGGAUACAUCAUGAUGGUUAUUACCUUGAAGGGUAAAUGUUGGACUCAAUUCAGUGAGACUUAGUGAUCCAGGAACUCACCAGGGUAGUAAUGAUGAUGUACUUGUUGGGGCAGACUGUUCUUCACAGUUCUUGGAGAAAAUGGAGAUGCCGGCAAUGCAGUGUAGUGAACACAGAACGGGAGGUCCUUGAGGAUGCUCUCUAUCAGGCACUGAAAGAUUAUCCCUGAGUUCCGGAGGCUGAACAUCAAGUAGUUGAAGGUGUAUGAACUGAAUAGUGAGAUGAUUUCUGUUAGAAUUUCUUCUUUGUGUAUAGGGACUUGGAGUAACACAUCACAAGGCAUGUCCAGAGGAUGAGGUGCCUGUAUUCUGCAGGAACACCAGGUGCCAUAUGGUUUCUUUAGCAUGUGCAUUGGGGAUACCUAAAGGUUGUAGGCCUACUAGCAAAGGCCCAUCCUUUUCAUCUCCUUGAAGACCUUUUUCAUGACAGCAGUUUGUAUGAGGCAGGCUGCUGAACUUAUAAUGGACAGGGGAGUCUUUGUAUUUUGAUGUUAGGCAUGCUGUACUUUAUAGGGAUGCCAAGCACCUGUUUCAGUUAGGGUUGGAUAAUGUCAAGAAACUCUGCAAAAAAUGAUUGUAGAUCAUGAUACAUACUGCAGAUAUGGGCAGUUGCCUGAGGUCGGAGGAAGCUAGGUCCAGGAGGCAGAGGUGUGCGAUGUCAACGAGUAGCCUGUAGUGCCCGAGGAUAUUAGUGCUGCGCAAAGGCAUUUGGAUGUUAACAAUGAAGUCUCACUCUACUUUGUUUCCUAUGAGGUGGAGGGUAAGCCGUAAGUGUCUGUAUGUUGGUUGAUAGUAAGUGUAGCUUGGUGUCUUGCAGGCAGUGUCGAUCUACGUUUAGCUCCAGCAGUAUACUAGGACUGAAAGGGCACCUUAUCCACAGAGUACCUCCAAAACCAAUGUUUCCUUGAGUGACCAGUGACCACCUUGCUUGUUGCACUAGCGCGCAUUUCUUGGCUGCCUUCAAGGCUUUAUUCAGCUAAGAUACCGCCACAGAAAGGUACAGCAGUCAACAGAGUAGGGUACACUGGGAACAUCAAAAGCAAACAAAUACAACACAAAUAACAGAAAGAAAACAACUAUUCGCUAACGAAAAACACAAUGCAGCUAAACAUUCAAACAGGUCAUUAUGACAAAUGCCAAUUCACCACAUUCACCCCAGCUUUAAUAACAUUGUUAUACCCUAUGAAAUAUCAAUAUUUUACAGAAAUAUCAAACAUAUUCUUACAAAAAUACGAUUAUAGUGCCGUAUUACAAGUUUCAUUAAGCACAGGAAAAUUAAUCAUAGGUCAGACAAUCUACAGGACAACGUAUGCGUUGUGAACAUGUAAGGACAUCUGACAACUUAUCACCAUUAUUAGAAGUUGUAGCAUUAUCAUUGAUAGACUGUUCUAGAUCCUGUGUUUUAGAAGCAUCGUCUUUAUUGACAGUUUCAACCUCAUCCACAGGUAAAUAGAUAUAAGUGUUUUCAGCAAGCCGUGUCUAGCCGGUCUCCGGUGUUGAUGGCACAAUGUGAGGAUAUCGUGCUAAAUCACUGAUAGCCACAGUAUUUUCAUGUCCGUCUUUAAGCCCCACAGCCUGGGGAUAUAUACGAUCACCUAUAGCUUCGGUGCAGUGCACGGAUAUUGUAGAUAAACAAUCAAGAUUUGUCGCCAUACAGUUUGAACGAAUUUUGCUGGAAAAAUUUUCCUAGUUCCAUAUAUCACUAUUGACAACUUUUCAUAUCACCCUAUAAGAAUGUGAGUAAGCUGAGAAGUGCUCCGUCCUGCUCGAGGUGGUAUGGGGGAAUGUCAUCACAAAUCCCCAUCCAAGGAUGGGUCGUAAAUAUUUUACAAUAAAUAUGCUAAGAAUUUGUUCCCCGUUUUGUUUCUUAUCUUUUAUAUUGUUUGAGCUGUAAUUUCAAUUUGACAAAAUAAAAUAAAAAAAUAUAUGAAAGAACACUUAUCUUUGUAAAAUAAGCAUAUUUUUUACAACUGUCAGGGAAAAGAGGCCUGCAAGGGGAAUGAAAUAUUCACUUGCAACUUCCCAUGGAAGGUACAGAAAUGUUUUUAUAAUUUUUUCUUAUACCAAGUGAAUAUACAUAUCUUCGUCUUUCCACUGAUGAGUUUAUUUUUUUUUAGUUUUUCUUUUAAAUUGGCCAUCCUUAAAUUUAUUCCAGUCAUGGGUGUGUGCAUUAGUGUAUAAUAGCCCAGAUUGUGGGGGUUAAAUCUAGCUUGUGCGUAUGAAGGGUUCGCUUCUAGUAGUUCAGCUUCCUCAAUGAGAGGAUCUUCCUUUCUAUGCACGUCUUCUCAGAAGAGCAGUUCCCGGUUCACACAACCAUGUGGGAAGACUCAUUCCUUAGGAAGCCUUUCGCUGAAACACGAACAUUCUCUCAUGGGGGGUUCGACCAGUAGGAGUGGAAAACAGGGUGCGAAUCGAAUGCCAUGCAUCAUCAAGAACCGUUUCUGUCGAAGAGUGGCAAGGCGAUGUCGAGAAACAAUUUCGUUCACAGACUGCAUAAAAACCUUAUUCUGUUUUGUGAUGGAGUCACUGUAAGUAGAUCAAUCAGAUAUGAGCUCAAAGUUCUCAGGCGAUAAUGCAUUUGCAAGCAUACCCACAGAAGCAUCGUUAGUUUCUUCAGUAGCAUUUUUGUAUCGUGAAAAGAUGAACAGCCAAUGCUUGAAGACUCAAGCAGCAUGUGCGGACAUAGGUGGAAUAUUGAGACGUUCUGGCCGAAGAGCUAAUUUCAUUCUGCAGUCAAAUAUGCAAGUUGUCUUCGCUGAAUAAAUUGUAAUUAACACCACAGAGAGUUACAGCAAUCAACAGAGUAGGGUACACUGGGAAUGUCAAAAGUAAAUAAAUACAACACAAGCAACAGAAAGAAAACAACCAUUCGCUAACGACAAACACAAUGCAACUAAACAUUCAAACAGGUCAUUAUGACAAAUACCAAUUUACCACAUAUAUGGUAUAUACAGAGCACUGGUGGGAGUCAGUGCUGUUUUUGCCACAACUUGAUUGGGUGCUUCUACAUGGCAUAGUCUGUGUGCCAUUGUCUUGGUUCUGGUUGUUGUCAUUUUUAGUUUUGCAGAUGGUGUGGGCCGUAUUUUGUAAAGUCAUGGAGGUCUUCAGCAACUCGCAGGCUUUCCUUAAUAGCUCUGCCUUGGAGUUGUGUUUGGUAUUGAGAGGAGUGACUUGCAUGUUUGCUGGUAAAUUGUGUAACCCUAUUUCCUUUGCCAAGUUAACCCUCUUCAUUUUCCCAACUAUUUUGAGUUCUGGCAAUAUCUGAAGGGAUUCCAGUUUAUUCCAGGAUGCCCUCUCUAUAAAGUUUCCCAGUUAUGUGUUCAGCAGGUCAAGGGAUCAUCUUGUGCAAAUGGGUGGAAGUAGGGAGAAUUUUCCUAUUAAGGGCUUGUGUAGGUCCUGUACUCGAUCCUCUUGCCUAGCAUGUUCAGCCAACAUGUGGUGCAAGGAAGAAGCCUUCUGGGAUCACUUCAAGACCAUGAUCCACCAUAGAUAUAGAGUGGUGAGAUUGGACAGCCUAUGACAGCCAAACUAGUUUGUGACGUGCACUGCCUGGUGCCAUCACUAUGUGUUAAUUAUUAUGUAAAAAAUGACGCAACCCAUACAAUCUAAUGGAAAACCCUGUACUCUUUAGAAGAUGUUUCCUCAGCUGUCCUUCAAGACUGUCAAAUCAAUUAUGCACCAUUUACUAAUUACAAUAUGUAUUGUAUACAGAAAUUAAAAUAUUAAAAUUUUGCUGGUAUGUAUAAAUAAAGUUUUGCAGAUAUGGAGACAUUACAAUUUUAUGAUCAUGCUGCAUUGACAGCCAAUUUUCUCAGCAGUCUUCAAAGAUUGAUAAAUGAUCCUUGAAGCAUUUACCAAGGACAAUGUGUACUAUAUGUAGAAAUAAAACUAUUUAUUCUAUC